GUGUUUUGACUGGGCAGUUAAUAGAAAGGAGGUGGAGCGUCUCAUCAAGCUCUUCAACACGUUGGCGACCGAGUCCAGGGAUCGAUUUGCUGCUGCAGCUGGCUUGGAUCGUAACAUGUUCCGAAACAUCCUGCAUUGCACCUUCGGAAUGAUGGAUGACAUGAUUAUGGACAGAGUGUUUCGUGCCUUUGAUAAAGACAACGAUAGCUGCAUCAGCGUGGUGGAGUGGGUGGAAGGCUUGUCAGUUUUUCUCCGGGGGACGUUAGAAGAAAAGAUUAAAUACUGCUUUGAAGUUUAUGAUCUGAAUGGUGAUGGAUACAUUUCACGAGAUGAAAUGUUUCAUAUGCUGAAAAAUAGCCUGCUCAAACAGCCAUCAGAAGAAGAUCCUGAUGAGGGAAUUAAGGACUUAGUGGACAUAACACUGAAGAAAAUGGACUAUGAUCAUGAUGGCAAGCUUUCUUUUCUGGACUUUGAAAAAGCUGUAAGAGAUGAAAACCUUCUCUUAGAAGCCUUUGGACCCUGUUUGCCAGACAUAAAGAGCAGUAUGGCAUUCGAAAAGAAAACUUUUCAGGAAACUCAUGACCUGUAG